CGAGCAGCACCGAAUCGGCCGGGAGAGCCGAGGGAGAAUCCGGGUGGAAGCCGAGAAACCCGGCGCCGAUCGCAGCGCGGGUCCCGCCCCGGCCUCCGCCCCGGGGCGUGCAGCCGUGUGAAGUGCGUGUGGAUCCACUAAGAAGAUAGCCAAGUGCAGAGGAGCCAAGCAGCCGCCUGGAGCUCCUGGGACACCGCCCCGUGGCCCUCCUGUGUGAGUGGCAUGCGGCAUCCUUUGACUGGCCCUGUGUCCUCUGGCCUGCUGCCCAGCACCCCCAGGAGGCCCUGACGCCCUGGGGCACUUCUGCUCUGCGCAGGACCACGUGGGGGUUUGCCAUGGUGACAUAAAGGGGCGCAGAGGAAGGAAGGAGCAAGACCAGCCUGCAGACUGCGCCCCUGGCAGGGAGGAAGGCCGGGGCCCGGAUCCUCCACUCCCACUGCCCACUGAGGGCUUCGCUUCCUAAGUCUCUGUGAAUUUCUUGGUCAGUGGACAGCUCUUGCAUCUCCUGCGUGGGGCCUUGGGGUGGCCAGGGCAGGCCAGGCCUCCGGUGGCUGAGGUCUCGGGGGCCAGGAUGCCUGCCCUGGCGUGCCUCCGGAGGCUGUGUCGGCACGUGUCCCCACAGGCUGUCCUUUUUCUGCUGUUCAUCUUCUGCUUGUUCAGUGUUUUCGUCUCGGCCUACUACUUGUAUGGCUGGAAGCGGGGCCUGGAGCCCUCGGUGGACGCCCCUGAGUCCGACUGCGGGGACCCGCCGCCUGUGGCCCCCAGCCGCCUGCUGCCGCUGAAGCCUGUGCAGCCGGUUACCCCUUCUCGCACAGACCCGCUGGUCCUGGUGUUCGUAGAGAGCCUCUACUCGCAGCUGGGCCAGGAGGUGGUGGCCAUCCUGGAGUCCAGCCGCUUCAAGUACCGCACGGAGAUCGCGCCGGGCAAGGGGGACAUGCCCACGCUCACCGACAAGGGCCGCGGCCGCUUUGCCCUCGUCAUCUACGAGAACAUCCUCAAAUACGUCAACCUGGACGCCUGGAACCGGGAGCUCCUGGACAAGUACUGCGUGGCCUACGGGGUGGGCAUCAUCGGCUUCUUCAAGGCCAACGAGAACAGCCUGCUGAGCGCACAGCUCAAGGGCUUCCCCCUGUUCCUGCACUCGAACCUGGGCCUGAAGGACUGCAGCAUCAACCCCAAGUCCCCGCUGCUCUACGUGACGCGGCCCAGCGAGGUGGAGAAGGGCGUGCUGCCCGGCGAGGACUGGACCGUGUUCCAGUCCAACCACUCCACCUACGAGCCGGUGCUGCUGGCCAAGACACGCUCGUCCGAGUCCAUCCCGCACCUGGGAGCCGACGCCGGGCUGCACGCCGCGCUGCACGCCACGGUAGUGCAGGACCUGGGCCUCCACGAUGGCAUCCAGCGGGUGCUGUUCGGCAAUAACCUCAACUUCUGGCUGCACAAACUCGUCUUUGUGGACGCUGUGGCUUUCCUCACUGGGAAGCGCCUGUCACUGCCUUUGGACCGCUACAUCCUGGUGGACAUCGACGACAUCUUUGUGGGCAAGGAGGGGACCCGCAUGAAGGUGGAGGACGUGAAGGCCCUGUUUGACACACAGAACGAGCUACGCACACACAUCCCAAACUUCACCUUCAAUCUGGGCUACUCAGGGAAAUUCUUCCAUACAGGUACAGAUGCCGAAGAUGCGGGCGAUGACCUGUUGCUGUCGUAUGUGAAGGAGUUCUGGUGGUUCCCCCACAUGUGGAGCCACAUGCAGCCCCACCUCUUCCACAACCAGUCGGUGCUGGCUGAACAGAUGGCCCUGAACAAGAAGUUCGCUGUCGAGCAUGGCAUCCCCACAGACAUGGGGUAUGCUGUGGCGCCCCACCACUCGGGCGUGUACCCCGUGCACGUGCAGCUGUACGAGGCGUGGAAGCAGGUGUGGAGCAUCCGCGUGACCAGCACGGAGGAGUACCCACACCUGAAGCCGGCCCGCUACCGCCGUGGCUUCAUCCACAACGGCAUCAUGGUCCUCCCGAGGCAGACGUGUGGCCUCUUCACACACACUAUCUUCUACAACGAGUACCCUGGUGGCUCCAGCGAACUGGACAAGAUCAUCAACGGGGGCGAGCUCUUCCUCACAGUGCUCCUCAAUCCCAUCAGCAUCUUUAUGACGCACCUGUCCAACUAUGGGAAUGACCGCCUGGGCCUGUACACCUUCAAGCACCUGGUGCGCUUCCUGCACUCCUGGACCAACCUGCGGCUGCAGACCCUGCCGCCCGUGCAGCUGGCCCAGAAGUACUUCCAGAUCUUCUCCGAAGAGAAGGACCCCCUCUGGCAGGACCCCUGUGAGGACAAACGCCACAAAGACAUCUGGUCCAAGGAGAAGACAUGUGACCGCUUCCCAAAGCUCCUCAUUAUUGGCCCUCAGAAAACAGGCACCACAGCUCUCUACUUAUUCCUGGGGAUGCAUCCGGACCUAAGCAGCAACUACCCCAGCUCAGAGACCUUUGAGGAGAUCCAGUUUUUUAAUGGCCACAACUAUCACAAAGGCAUCGACUGGUACAUGGAGUUCUUCCCCAUCCCCUCCAACACCACCUCCGACUUCUACUUUGAGAAGAGCGCCAACUACUUUGAUUCUGAAGUGGCGCCCCGGCGGGCAGCUGCCCUGUUGCCCAAGGCCAAGAUCCUCACCAUCCUCAUCAGCCCCGCAGACCGGGCCUACUCUUGGUACCAGCACCAGCGCGCCCAUGAUGACCCUGUGGCCCUGAAGUACACCUUCCACGAGGUGAUCACAGCCGGCCCGGAUGCGUCCUCGAAGCUGCGUGCCCUGCAGAGCCGCUGCCUGGUCCCCGGCUGGUAUGCCACCCACAUCGAGCGCUGGCUCAACGCCUUCCAUGCCAACCAGAUUCUGGUCCUGGAUGGCAAACUGCUGCGAACAGAACCUGCCAAAGUGAUGGACACAGUGCAGAAAUUCCUUGGGGUGACCAACACCAUCGACUACCACAAAACCUUGGCGUUUGAUCCAAAGAAAGGAUUUUGGUGCCAGCUGCUCGAAGGAGGAAAAACCAAGUGUCUGGGCAAAAGCAAGGGCCGGAAAUACCCAGAGAUGGACCUGGAUUCCCGAGCCUUCCUGAAGGACUACUACCGGGACCACAACGUCGAGCUUUCCAAGCUGCUGUACAAGAUGGGCCAGACGUUGCCCACCUGGCUGCGGGAGGACCUCCAGAACACCAGGUAGCCAUGGCCACCACUGCCAGACUGGACCCUUGUGACAGCAGGGACGUCCCGCUGUGUGCUGAGCCAGACUGACCUGCGGAGAGGGAGCGGGCCGGGCUGGCCAGGCACUUACGAGCAAUACUCUGCUGAGGCCCACGCAGGGCCAGGAGAAGCGAGGCAGGUCCACAAGCGCCUCAGAGCCUCCACCGCUGGGUCUGUGGCCUACCGGAUCUCCCCAGCACCAGAGGCCCAUUCCGUUCACAGCCUCCCUGGGGAAGGCCACUUCCUGUUGGUGGAAGGCCACUUCUUGGUGGGAGGGAGUCCACAAGACUCUCUCCUGUCCCUCACUGUGUUCUACCAACCACACCCUCUUCUGCAUCCCCUCCCCUGCUCCAGCAGGGUAUCCCCUCAGUAUUAGCUGCCGUAUUUUCCCUGUCCUCCAGACAAUAAGGGAGAAGAGCCCAGCUGGGUCUUUUGCCAAACCAGGGACAAAGACUGGACAUUCCUCUGAGUGUUUUGAGCCAGGCCCUUCACAGGGGUCAGCUGGGUGCCAGAGGUGGUCCUUAGGUGGGUGAGGGUGGCCACCGUAAGAGAUUCAUCGCACCUCCAUGUUUGGCUUCAUACCUUCCCAUCUCACCUUCCCUUGUGGGGAAAGAAUCUCUGGUCCCUACAGUUCCUACCCAGUCCUCAAGGCCUCUUCCAAGGCCAAGGGCACUGCCAUGCCAUGUGGGUCCAGAGACUCAGGCCUUGAUCUCACCCAGUCUUCACCUGGGGUGUGACACGCGUGGUGUUUCCUGUGGUAAAGGGCUGAGGCGGGUCAGGAGUCUGCAGUACACGCAUCCCCAUGUACAUACAUCGUCCCGCCCACCGCCUCGGCCAGAAACAUGGCAGAGCGGUGGGGACUGCCGCCCGCUGCUCUGCCCACACGACCUGUGGCCGAGGGUUCCCAGAGACCCCCUAACCUCUCAAAUACUAAGAAGCUAAAGUAUUUUAAUAUUUUGUUUUUUUUCUUGGUGCCAGAGUUCAAACCCUGGGUGCUGGGGUCGCACUGUGUUACAUAUAUAUAUAUAUAUAUAUAUAUAUAAUGUGUAUAUAUAUAUAUUAUAUUUUUUUUGGUUGGGUUUGUUUUUAAUUCAGUCUUAUACAAUGGUGGUAAGCCCCAGUAUCAAGGAUGUCAUAUCUUAGUGCUGGAGAAUGAGCUCUGAGGGAAGGAGGACGCAUCUUCAGUGUGGGGGGCUCAUGAGGACACUAUGGGGGUGUCCAUGGAGAGAUGUUUCCUCUCCCAAGUGCCGCAGCUGCCUGGGGCCAUCCCAGGGGAGCAGGCAGUGACACGCACAGGGCAGACAGCUCUCUCCAGGAAGCCUGGCUUCAUGGGGCCCAGUGGUCCUGGGGAACUGGGGCCAAGGGAAGUAGCUGGGGCUAGGGUGGAAGCGCUGGCCCAGCCGGCCUGUCCUUCUCCCCUCACAUGGUGCUAGAUUGGGGGCUGUGGGUGCCCCUGGGACCCACAGAGCUGUCUCCAGGCCCUGUGGCGCCUUUCGACCAGUUUCUACUUGGGCUUUGCUCCUGCUCCCCUUUAACAAUGUGAAGUGUCUAAGGCGAGGGUGCCUCCCGGCCCCCUCAACUGCCAAUUCGGCUCCCACCAGACACCCGGGGAAUUCUUCCUGGAGAGCUGGUCUUGUUCCCAAGACUCUGGCAUCUUGGGUCGGACAGGUCCUUUGACUCAUGCAGAGCAGGUCCGGGAAGGGAGUGGGCCUGCUCGGCCAUGUCCCCUCUGAUAGGCAGCAGGGCUGAGAGUUGAACCCGGGGCCUCCAGUUCUGGUCCAGUGCUCUUCUUCCGAUACCACACUGCCUCUAGCCUGCGUGGGACCCUCCGCUGUGCCCGGUUCCUGUCCCUCCCUCAGUCACAGCUGUGGUCAUUCCAGGACAUGGGGACAAACCACUCUUCCCAGCCAGGUGCCUUUGAGCCUUCUCAUUCCCAGACGUGCAUUUGCUUCUCCGGCCCCCACCCCGUUAGGAGGCCCUUUCCUAGCCUUGUUCCCAGCUCAUUCCCUCUCCUCGAGUUCCGCGCUGGGCUGGAGAAGGGUCUGGAUGGUUGGUGUGACCGUCGCUGCAGUACGUGUUGAGGGCAGGCCCCCCGUGGCCUGGCCAAUGGGCUGGCAGAGGUGGGGGGCAUAGUGCCUGAGGACAGGGCCGCUUCCUGUCCUCCACUGCUCACAAGGACAGCUGCAAGCUAGAGCCCAACUUCCAGAGUGAGCAGGCCUCCAUGGUGCAAGCCCUGAGCCUCCCUCCUGGCCUGCCGGUGGGGACUGUCUGCUGUGACCGGGGCGGGGCCCCCAUGCUCCGGAGUCUGCCCUCUGCGCUGGAGCCUGUUCUCCCACACCGCUCCGGAGGCCGGCAGCACCGUUCUGUCUCCCCAGGCUCAGGUGGCUGCAGGCCGGGUGGAGAGCCAGGGAGAGAGCCUGGAUUUGGGCCUCAGCUCUCCUGCGGGUCUCUGGAGCAGAGCUGCUGCCCGUUUUUUGGUGAGGUCCCUGCUACUCUGUGGUCACUGCCGCUCUGUUCCUCCCCACUGGUAGAUUCUUCUCCCCAGCCCAGACACAGCCAGGCCGUGGAGCGUGGGGGUGAGGAGAGGGGUUCUGCUGCCCUGGGGCUCUCAGCUAAUGGCCACGCAGACCCCUGGCUCACACAGGAAACCAGAGUAUACAGGGCAGCACGGUCAGUCUUCCCUGUCCAUGGAUUACCUGUCAGCAUUUGGCCAAAAAUGAGAGACAGAAAGGGCUUCAGUCGAGCAGGUGACUCCACCCUCCGUCCUGUGUCCCCUCUACCUUUCUCUGCCCAGGGUGGUGUCACUGCAGCCGCCUCAGUCACUCAGGAUGAGUCUCCUCCAAAGUGGGGCGUCUUCUGCGCCCCUGUGUCGGAGCAGCCAGUGCUUCCAAGUCCCACUGAGGGGAGGCCGCUGCCCCCGCAAGGCAGACUCCUGUCGGGACCUGGAGAGGUUGGCGGCCCCAGCAGCUGUGCUGGCGGGAAGAGCAGCUCCUAAAGCAUCUCCCACAGUCUGAUUAUAGAUGCCCACUACCCUGUGUCUAGAUGGAAAGUCACCAGGAUUUGGCACGUUUGUACUUUUCUCUGUAUGUGUGUGUUUUUCUGACCUAGUUUAAAGUAAGUUGCAGACAUCUCGGGGCUUCCCCUUAGACGCUUCUGCCCAUGUCCCCCCAGAGGUGGCGCCCGAGCCGCAGCUAAGACCAAUGACAGGGAUUUCCUAGCAGCAUCUGCUGUUCCCCAAAUAACUCACCUGGGUUUGGAAUUGGAGUCAACCAAGGUGCACGCUUGGCAUUUUGUAAUAUGUUUUUAAAAUCUCUGAGUGCUAAAAGCUCUUCUCCCUGCCCAUCUGAUUUUCAAACAAUGAUGUCCGUGAGGCCAGCAGGCCUGCUGUCAUGGAGUCCCACGUUCCGGAUGUCUGCUUUCUCCUGGUGUCGUCCGAUCAGUUCCUUUCUCCCUAUAUUCUCAAGGGUAAUUUCACCGUUCACACGGAUGAGGCAGCUCCCUCCUGCCUGAGUGGCACCUCCGCUGUCACUUGUAGGAAGUGCCAAACCAGCAGAGGUCAGGUGGGAGCUGCAGGAGCUCAGGGGAGGGGCCUGGAGGGGCGGGAGGAAGGGACAGGGCACCGCAGGAGGGGACACAAGGAGGCUGGGCCGGCUCUGGGUCUGAUGGAAUGAGACCCCUGGCUUCAGGGCGCCUGGCAGCCCUCUGACCUGGGUGUGGGCAGCAGGGCACAGGACCCAGCACCCAACCUCACUCUCUGUGGUCCUGGGUUUCUGCUUCGUGGGCGCCUGCAUCUCUGUGCACUGGAGCAGAGCUGGGCCCCUCUGGCUUGCAGCACGGGGCGCCUAGAUGGGGAAAUGCCUCCCCCAGCUGUGGUGUCGGGACAGGAGCACUGGGCCAGAGGCAGGAACUGUGAAUUUUUGUCCCACCUGGGUACACUUGGUGACUGCAUGACAGUCUUCCUCCCGGAGCCUCAAUUUCCCCAUCUGUAGAAUGAGCUGGCCGGGUCUGGAGCAGUGGUUUGAGAAUGACCAGGUAGGAAGUAUCUCUGCUCUAGCGGAAGCGAGGGUGUCUCCGCUGGGCCAGCCCUGGGCCAGAUGCCCUUACCGCUCACAGGCCCAGCCAGCCGUUAGCUCCCUUGAGACAGGUGUGGGCUUUGUGUGCAGCAGUGCCAGGGGUCAGGGAGAGACUGCAGCCGAGUAUUGUCCUAGGAGGUUCAUCCCUCAUCCCGCUGCUCCUCUCGGGAGGAGGAGAAAGGUGGAGGGGGCUUUCUAGGGCUGAGCUAGUUUUUCUGAUCAGCAAGAGGGCUCCUUCUGUAAUUUGUGCAUGAAAUUCAUGUGGCUUCCUGGGGAGAGGAGAGGGCCGACUGCACUUAGGGGGCACAGGGGAGCAGGCAGGGGCUCCUUGCCUGGUGGGUGGGGUGAGGCUGGAGAGGGGCGCUGCCCGCUCACCUGAUGAGCUCUUGAACCAGCCAUUUUGGGUUGUGUUAAAAGUGGGAACCUUCCUCCAUUAAUGUACAAUCUCGAACUAACUGCUAAUAAAGUGGGGUUCUGUUUGUA